AUGCCUGACUUCCCGAUGGACGCAUUGUACUUGAGCGAGCGAGAGAGACUCAUUCCCACAGAGAGACUGCGUGCCGACCAGAUGGGUAUCUCCAACCAAGAAUGGCGAUGGGAUCAUGCUCGGGAGGUUCCAUUCGAUCUCAUGACUUGCUGCUGGUUCUUCUCAAUCAUGACUAUCUCGGACCCACACGUCCUGCCGAGCGCCGGGGCUAUCAUGAUGCUGAGCGUCCCGCGACAUAAGAAGGAAGUCCUCCUCUUCGGCUACUACUUGGUCUUCACCAUCACUCCACUGAUUUAUGCCUACCAAGCGCAGAAUACCGCGGGUGGAACUAAAAAGAAGUGUACCCCUGGUAUUGUUUUCAUCGGCAUGUGCGCUGGCAAUGCUAUUGGUCCGCUUCUUUACUCUACCAAGGAUGCACCGUUAUAUCGAACGGGUCUAAUAGUCAGUCUUGUCAUGUUUGUCACUGUCGGGAUCAUCGCUGGCCUAACUCCUUUCUAUCUCCUGUACCUGAAUAUGAUACACGAGAAGCGACGCGUGGAACUCGGCAAAGUGGGCCCCGUGGCUGACAUGUCUAUGCUGGACAAGGAUCAGCGGAAAGAAACCAAGGUACUGGAGCUGGAAGAUAUUCAAAAGGUCUCGGUGGGACAAGAAAACGGUUUACAGGACAUGACCGACCUGAAGAACGAGGACAUCUUCUACGUUUAUUAG